AUGUUAUCCAUGUUACAAUGAUGAAAGAAAGGUUGACGAAAUAAUUCCAAAGUCUUCAUCAUUAUAUCACCCAUUCAGUUUAGCCAUAGAUUCUGAUCAUGAUCAUAUAUACUGGUCGGACAGCAGCAACAACGCACUUAUUCGCUCUGAACUGGAUGGUUCAAACACAAUAUAUGUUUUAAACAGAACCAAUGGAAUAGGACAUAUUGCUUUGGAUACAACGAAUAGAAUGAUUUAUUUCAUGGAUGAUGGAGUUGGAUCAAUUGACAGGUGUACAUUAGAUGGACAAGAUCAAACAACUAUUAUAAGCGACUCUAUGUUAACAAGAAACUCCCGUAUAGUAUUGGAUUUUUGGAGUAGAAGGAUUUUUUGGACUGUUGGAAAUACAGUGAGAAGUGCAACAUUCGAAGGAAAGGAAUUUAAUGAAUUUCAAGGACAUGGUCAGCAUUAUUCCUGGUCUAAAGUGAUUGGCAUUGAUUGUCAUGGAGACAACUUGUAUUAUUCCGACAAUAUUUAUCAUUACAUGAAUAAAGUAAAUAAAUCUGGAGACAAUCGUGUUAAAGCAGCUCACGUAUAUAAUCAUAUGCGAGAAAUACGGACUUAUUAUGGGAAAGUUAUUAAGGAUUCCUGUGAUGUAUUUAGAAGUCUAAACAAUGCCGAAAAACGUUCAACUGGAUUUUAUGUCGAUUGGACUAGUGAUGAUCCCAUUAUUGAUGAAACGUUAGAAGAAGAUUGGUAUAGAGUUAUUAGCGACAAUGGUGAUGACAUGGCAAUAUCCCCUCCAGGGAUGAAAUUUUGUGGAACAACGAAUCCAAUUUGGUUAAAUGGGACAUUACCUAGCUUUAAAGAUGGAAAUAAGUCUGCCAUAGCUUGUAUGCAGACAAACAGCAGUGUGUGCGAACAAACAUUUAAUAUUGUAAUACGGAAUUGUGACGGUUAUUAUGUAUACUUUCUACCACCAACACCACCAAAUUCAUCUUAUUGCUUCGGAAGUGGCCCAGUAAAAUGUCCAACUGAUAUGUCUUCAGAAACUGAAUAUUUUCCAGGUUGUAGUUCAAACUUUCCAAAUGACAUGAUAUCGGUGGAGGUGAAAGCUGUUUUAAUAGAAGGUGAAAGCUUUAAAAUAGGGAAUUAUGACCCAACACCGAGUUUGAUACCAAUUUUUAAAUGCGAAUUUGAAGACAAAUCAAACGGAACUUAUGGUUAUGAUGUUUAUUGGUAUAUAUGUGCAAACACAGUAAAGAAUAACACAAACUUGCUAUUCAAAGACAUUGAUGAGGCUGUUGUAUUACGCGAGGCUGACUGGAUUGGUAAAUACAGGAUGAACAUGGAGAUUAAGUGUGCCGUACGAAUGAGAAACUCAAGACACUCAACACCCGGACCAUAUCUAGAUAGUCCUGUUUUUAGAGCUGGGUUGUUUCCAAGUACCAAUAGUUAUUAUUACACAGUGAAUGAAGGGGAAUCAAUAAACAUUACAUUUAUGUCAACAGUUCCGGUUGGAUGUAUUGCAUCACAUAAUGUAAUAAGAUCUCAAUGUGACCAGAACUUCUACAUAUUUCGACCGAGUUAUUACACAUAUGGAUCAUCUUGCACUAAUAAUGUUCUGAAAAGAGAUAUCUUAUUCAAUGCUGAAUUCUGUGGAUUCAGACUUGGGAAUCUCGACUGGAUGGACAAGAAAACAUUGGAGGUGUAUGGAUAUAAUGACGGGCUCUACAAUGUAAACAACAGAUAUGCAUACAUCAAACUGUCAACAUCAUCAAUUUCAGCAUAUAACAAUAUUUGGAAAGAUGUUGAUAUAUAUCAAAUAAGGGUAGAAGUCAGGGACAAGGAUUCUACUUUGAAAAACAGGCUCUGCCAGUCGUACAACGAUCCACAUUUUAGGACAUUUGAUGGAAAAUACUAUGACUACAUGGGAGUCGGGGAAUUUGUUAUGUACAAAAAUGACAUUGGUCCAUUUUAUGUCCAUGCAUUAUUUACAAGUUGUGGUUCUGGCUUGCCCGGUACUUCUUGUCUUUGUGGAAUAGCGAUAAGGAGCAAAAACUCACUGUUUGUUCUACGCACUUGUGAGAGGAUUUCAAGGAAAGAAUUACAUUUGCUUCAGCAACCUGUUGUCACGCUGACGUCAUGUGACAAAAGUGAUAUGUCAAUAAGUAACACGAACAACAACUACAAGAUAAUCUUACCAAUUGCAACAGAAAUACAAUUCUCAAUAGCUAGGCGAUUCAUAAGUGUGAUUUCAAUCAAACCCUCUGUAAAGGACAUACAUACGGCAAAGGGUCUAUGUGGAGUUCCUAGUACAACAAAAGAUCCUUCAGAUGACAUCACACAUCGUGAACUUGGACCAAUCAGUGAUGAACAAAUAUUUGCAGAUUCCUGGAGGAUAACCAAAGGUAUGGUUGAGGAGCAGCUAUUUGUUGAAGAACCAACAUUCCUAAAGAAAGACAACGAUGUUUAUGAACAGAAUGUUGUUGUUGACAACAAUGAGAACAAUCCUGACUUAAGAACAUUUUGCGCAUGUGAAGAACAAGCUGGCAGUACCGACUCACUAGAUGACUUUAACAGCGUACAUUGUAAUUUGACAGAUAGCACUGAGCAAUGUUCAGACUCAUCAAGUUCAUCCGGCUCAUAUGUUCAAUAUACGUCUUGCUUACAGCCUUUACGUAGAAGACGAUCAGUAAAUGUUCCUCAUAGAAUAAGCAAACGAAGUUUAAAUAAUAAUGAUGACAAGGUAGAUUUCCAGCCGUUAACAUACAGUGAUGACGUAAAUGAGACAGAGAUUGAGCCACCAGCAACUUUUCGAAACGGUUGGACGUCAGACAGAGCAUAUAACAUAUGUUUCAACAGCAUACACGACGCGUUACAAAAUGAUAUGUACAAGGAUUAUGUUGAUGUACCUGUCGAAAAGUUCAUAGAAGCGUGUGUAAAGGAUAUAGAAGUUGCAGGCGAUACAACGUUUCUUACAGACACAAUAAAUGCCAUGGUAACUAGCAUAAUGACUGAGCUAGUGAAAACUGAAUAUCUGUACACCCAAAAAUCUAGCGAUGGAUCACAAACGAUGUUAGAUUAUUUUGCUAGUGCAUUAUGUCUAAACAACUGCAGUGAUAACGGAAUUUGUAAAUCGGGUGUUUGCAUUUGUGACAACGGACAUGUGGGUGAGGAUUGCUCUUAUAACACUUCAUCACCACCGACUGGUAUCAGUCUUCCCUUUAAUGGUGCUUGUACACUAACAACUCGUUCAUGUAAAGCAAUGAAUAUAUUUGGAGAAUUUAAAACUACCUCUGUAUGGUGUAAGCGGAGACAUUUUCAGAUUUUAGAAAAUGAUCUUGUGUACACACCAAGCGAAGAACUUGUUUUAGCUGAAUACAGAAACCCAUUCAUGUUAACUCUAGAUCUUCCGACGUCAAGGAAGAAACGAUCAGCGGACAACAAAGUUCUGUCAGAGGGUUAUGACAUUAGCUUUUCAUAUGAUGGCCAGAAUUUUGGGAAGGAAACCAGUAUCAUCAUUUACGAUGAUCUCAAGUAUUCAUGUAAUACGACGGCAAAAACGUGCAUAUCGUUGAUUGUGGACGAAUCAGCAGAAACCAAAAAAGAUGUCAUAAUGAUUGUGGUCCCAGUUACAGUAUCAGUGGUCGUUAUCAUUGCGAUAACAGGUGUAAUUUGUUUCAAGUUGAUAACCAAAGCUUCAAAAGCCAAAAUUGCUUCAUAUGGAGAUGAAUCAGAUCAAAAGUCCACGUCGUCUGACAAAUGGACAAGAAGAGAAAAUACUGUCAGCGAACUUGAAUUAAAUUUUGAAGAUAAGACAGGCAAAGAUGCUUUUGCAAUGCAGUAUCCUCCUCGAAAAGAGAAUAUUGAUGUGUGGAACGACUUCUAAACAGCGAGUUCUCUGCCGUACUAUAGUCAUCAUAUGAUAUUUUAUGUACCUUUAUACAUUUAAUUUUUUUUUAUAUCUUUGAUUCUUUGUAACUUUGAUUUUUUUUGCAAGCUGUUAUGACAUGUUAUUCUAUCACGUCUUGUAUAUGCUGUGCAAAGUAUGUGUAUACGUUACAAUCGGCAGUUAUGUAACUUUUUAUGAUUACAUUAUAAUCGUCGAAAAAGUAAUGAAACGUAAGGACAAAUAUCAUCCAUCAGUUUUCUAGCCAAAGAUCGGUGGUUAUCUCUGGCUUCCUCCAUCAAUAAUAACAGGCUACCAUGAUAUAGUCAAAAAUAUCAACAAGCAAUCAAUCAAAAUCUAAAAACUCAAAUAAAUUCAAUGGACAUAAAUAAAGGUAACAGUAGUAUACCGCUGUUCAAUAGUCAUAAAUCGAUUUAACUGAAACAAAUCCGGGUAAAACGUAGUUUUACGUAUUGCUAUUGCACAGACAUAUUUCGUUGUAACAUUUCCAAAGCUUGUCUUAAAAAAAACCGAUUUCUUCACAGCUGAAAUAUUAUAGUGUGUGUGCCUCUAAAAUAAAAGUUACAUUUGCAGUUAAUAUAUUUUAUAAAUCAACAUUAGUAUAACAUCAUCUGUCUCAUAAAAUAUACAGAACGGUUUGCCGCAUUGAUCUAUUUCCUGAGAUUUUUUAACCGAAUAGUUGCAACAGUAAAAUUGCGCAUACCACUACGUCAAAUAUUUAGCUGAAUAUUUUCUAUCUGUAUAAUCCCAAUAUACCUUUUCAUGCAAUAAGUUUGUUUUGUUAGAUUAAACUGUAAAGUGCAUAAAAAAGAUGAAACAAAGUGACUAAUCAUACUUGCUAUAUUUUAACAAACCAGCUGGUAUAGGCUACCAGAUUAAUUGUGAUUUCAGCUGAGCAAGCUGUGAUAGGUUUGCAUUCUGUAAAUGAAAGCUGUUUCUAAUGGAACGGUUUUGAUGACAUAUCAAUACUUCGUGUUCUAUUUGCUAUGAAUUAUCAUCAGGAAUGUCAGAACAUAUGGGAAAACUUAAUUGUGCAUAAUGAUACAAUUGUCUUAUAUAUACUACGUUGUUUUAACAUAACAAAAUUCAGUGUUUGAAUGGAUUAAAUGUAAACAUGGUUUGAUUCUACUGAAUGCAGGUAAAUUGGUUAAAGGAAUUUGAUUUGUUUGAAUGAAAUAUCUUUUUGAAUAUGGUGUUUAUUUUAUGUAAAAAGUUCAUUUCAUACUAUUUGUUUAACGUCAUAAUCAAUAAAUAGAUAUAAGAAGAUGUGGUAUGAGUGCCAAUGAGACAACUCUCCGUCCAAGUAAAAAUUUAUAAAAGUAAACCAUUAUAGGUCACAGUACGGUCUUCAACACGGAGCCUUGGCUGACACCGAACAGUAAGCUAUAAAGGGCCCAAAAAAAUUACUAGUGUAAAACCAUUCAAACGGGAAAACCAACGGUCUAAUCUAUAUAAAAAACGAGAAACUAGAAAUACUUAUGAACCACAUCAACAAACGACAACUACUGAAUAUCAGAUUCCUGACUUAGGACAGGUGCAAACAAAUGCAGCGGGUUUAAACGUUUUAAUGGUACCAAACCUUCACCCUUUUUCCUGAAACAAUAGUGUAACAUCACAACAUAGAAAGACAGACUAUAAAAUAUCACCUGAAAUAGCUUAACUCAAUCAAAGGACAUAUUAACACCAUUGAACAUACACUGAACAAAUAAAUUUGACCUAUGACACAAUGUAAAUACAAAAUAAAUAAACUAAGGGUAGAAUAAUAAAAGUAACAUGUUAUAUCGGUAAGAAAUGUUAAACAAUUAAAGAAAAACAAUAAAGCUUGUUUCAAUAACUGAAAAAUGUAUGGUGUAUGGGGUAAAUAAUUUUGGUAGACAGCUCUUCUUUAUUAUGUGAAUAGCCUAACGUAAAACGUAGUCAGCGUAAACAAGUAUAACAAACACACCGAACUCCUAGCAAAUUCUAACAGGGGAAGACCUUACAAACUGACACAAUCAAACACUAUAUAUAUCAAUCAACGGAACAAGGGGAAAAUAACUGCCAUAUUGCUGACUUGGUACAGACGUUUUCUAAGGAAAAUACAACAUAGCUUUAACCUAUUUUAAAUAGUAUCUUGAAAUACGGUGUAAAAACAAAAAAAGACUUUUGAAAUUUUUCUUUUUUUUUCUUUUUUGAACCUGAAAAUGUUUACAUAAUAUACCGAAAAAUAAAAUUAAAGUAUUUGUUUUUAUUGUAAUUUGACAAUUGAAUGAUCAUUUGUGACUUUCAUAAACUAAAAACUUCCUUCAUUUUACGAAAACGUUACAAACUGUCACUGGUAUACAACCAAUUGUUCUAUCGGGCAAAGGUUAAUUUCCCAUGGUGUUUGCAAUAAUGUUGUUCAUAUAAUGACAUUGUCAAAAAUUUAAGACACUCUUUUUCAAUAUGAAAAGGAAACGUACUUCAUAAUCUUGUUUGUGGACUACAGAUCAAAAAUAGUAUUGAUUUCAACAAAGUUCUGAGUGUGUAAUUGUGUCAUUAUUUCGUGUGUUCUGUACAUGUAUUGUAAUAAAAAAGUGAAAAGUCAA